AUGAAGCAAAGCAAUUUUGCAUCUUGUGAAACGAUAAAAGAAUGUAACUCAUCUUAUACAACUGAUGGUGAAUAUAUUCAUUAUCCUGGUAUCUUAAACAGUUCUUCAGUUCGUCUGUAUUGUCACAACAUGAAUACCAACAGUCCUAAAACCUACCUCACUCUCAAUGCUACUAAUGUGUUUGAUUAUCCUACUGGAAAGUGUUCAACACAUUAUGGUUGUCAGGUGUUUUAUUAUAAAAACGAUUAUCAAGGAAAGACAACUUUCACAAAAGUUGGUAUUGAUACAGAUAAAAUGUCCAUCAUCGAAGAUGAUUACUCAUUUACCGUUCAACAUUUUGGGGCUCAACGGCCGUAUGGCUGGGUGCAUUGUUGUAGUAUAUAUAAUACAAAAACGUGUUUGAGAGGAAGAUCAACAAUAGAUGUAACUAAUACAGGAUUAAAGAUCAGUAACUCAAAAAUGUCCAGCAUAAUCUAUGAUUACACAUUUACCAUUCAACAUUCUGGAGCUAAGAGGCCGUAUGGCUGGGUGUUUUGCUGUAGUAUACAAAAUGCAAACACGUGUUUGAGAGGAAGAUCAACAAUAGAUGUAACUAAUACAGGACUAAUGAUCAGUAACUCGACAACAUGGACAGCAGCAGGAUGGUUACCACAUUUUACAGUAAAUAGAAACAAUUUUGUUGUACAAUUAAGAGGUGAUGGUGGUUGCGGUGGGGCUAGACCAACUGAUGACUUGAUACAAUUUGUUAAAAACCCACAGUACACUAUUCCAACUGGUACAAUAGAUCCACUAUGUAAUUUACUUGGUUUAUAG